AUGACGUCCUCUGAGCACAACGAGCCCUUUGAGGAGGGCAAGGAAAACUCCCACAGCCAGAUUGAUCCCAAGGACCAGCGUUCCAUUGCCAACAGACUUGCCGCGGAAACGCAAGCUACCGAGGACAAGGAAGACCCUGAAGUGACGAGAAUGAAGGAGGACCCUACAGCUCCGGCCAGGGAGCACGGCAACGAGCCCUCCAGAGGCGCCAAGAUUGACGCUCAAAUCCAGAAAGAGGAGCAGGCUGAGCUGGAACGCAAGGGCAAGGCAUAA